CACCUGCAGGCACGAGGCAUGCCAGGAUGUGGUGUGGAGAUGCGCACACGCCCUUCUCCUAUAAAUUCACCUCAAGAAUCGCACAUCCAAAUACUGAAACACGCACACGCGCACACAUAGUCACAAAGCAGGAACCCUAGUAAUCUAGCCCGGUAAACAUGGCCAGGGACAUUUUGCUCCUCCUCUUCGUGGUGCCCAUGCUCUCCCAGAUGCCAUUCUCCUCCCUCGCCCUGACGCAGGACUUCUGCGUAGCCAACCUGCUCCUCAGCGACACGCCGGCCGGCUACCCGUGCAAGCCCCAGGUACUCGUCACCGCCAACGACUUCCACUACCGCGGCCUGGCCACCGCAGGCCCGAUCGUCGCCCCCUUCAACGCCAGCUUGGCCUCGGCCUUCAGCAAACAGUUCCCCGCCCUGAACGGGCUUGGCAUCGGCGCAACGCGUGUCGAUGUCCGCCCGGGCGGGGUCGUGCCGCUGCACACCCACCCGGAAGGCUCCGAGCUCCUCUUCGUCGUCGAGGGAACACUGUCCGCCGGCUUCAUCAGCGCCGAGACCAACACCGUCUACAUGAAGACGGUAACCAAGGGCGAGCUCUUCGUGUACCCACAGGGCCUGCUGCACUUCCAGUACAACGUCGGCAGUACGACGGCGGUGGUGUUCUCCGCGUACAGCAGCGCCAACCCCGGCCUGCAGGUCGUCGAUUGGGCGCUCUUCAAAAGCAGCCUGCCUUCGGCCGUCGUGGAGAAGGUCACCUUCCUGGACCUCGCGGAAAUCAGGAGGCUCAAGGCGUUGUUCGGCGGGAGCGGCUAAGUCAUUCUCCAUUCGUUCGGUCGGUACUCGGCAGGGUUAAGCUGG